ACACAUUAAAGUCGAAUGGAAGACACUUGGUACAUGGGUCAUAACCUAUAAAAGGCAUGCGCUAUAUAUUUGUACAUACGGCUUCUUUCUGUUGUUAACUGCUUAAACUUCUUAUUCGUGAAUUGGUAUUUCAUUUUUAUAUGUCAAUUAAUUUAUUUUCUAUAAUAACGUCUUUUUUAUAUACUAUAUUAAUUACGAGUUUCUAACGUGUACGAAGUUCUUCAUCAGGUUAUUUUGAUCUGCGAUUUGAAAAAUGGCAAAUGCAGAAUCUUUCGCAGAAGUAACGGAUGUUGUACAAAUUUUACGACAAUGGGAAGAAGAACAUACAUCACCUACAUAUGAUCCAAUUCCAACGCUUCAAAGGUUAGCUGAGAUCAUAGAGCUUGAAACAGAAAAUUAUCUAAAAAUGGAUCCAGAUCCUUUUGAUGAAAGACAUCCAUCACGUACUGAUCCAGAAUGUAAUUUUGGACAUAUUCUUAAAGUUCUUUUUAGAAAAGAUAAUUUUAUGACGAAGUUGAUAAAUGAUUACCUAAGAGACACAUAUUGGUCGCGAGCUGGUAUCACAGGCAGAGAUGUUAGAAAACUAAAUAUUGCUGCUUGUCGUCUCAUGUUAGAUAUACUCCCAGGGUUAGAAACUUCGGCAGUAUUUCAACCAGAUAUGGAAGGUCUUAUACACAGAUUAUUUUCUUGGGCAGAAAAGAGUAUAGAACCUUUGCAAAGUUAUGCAACUGGUCUUCUAGCUGCUGCAAUGGAAGUACAAGAUAUUGCUACUGGAUUUAGAGAACAAAAUGGUAAAAUGGUGCCAUUAAUGUUACAACGACUACAUAAAUUGCAAGAAAAAGCGCAAAAAGAUAGACAACUAGCAUCUAAUGCACGUCCAUUUGCACAUUUUGCCCAAGAUACAAAUGACACAUGUGAUUCCGAGAAUAAAGGGGUUCCUGGAAAACGAAAAGUUCGUGAAAAAAAAGAAAAUGGAAUUCUGAAAAAUUCAUCACAAGACAUACACUUUUCUGAUGAAGAAGUUGGUGAUCAACAGUCUAAUGAGAUGCCACCUGUUAAAAAAUUGAAAAAUGAUUCUGAUUGUGAAAUAAUUUCACCUACAAAAAAUAAUGAUAAUUCGUAUCCGGAAAUUAUGUCUCCCCCACAAACUAUUCCUAAAGUUACUAAUAAUUCUGUUAAUUUACAAAUAACACCAUCAAACAAACAAAGUGGCCAACAAAGUACACGUUCAACAAAUAUAAAGUCAGCUAAACCUGCUUUACAAAAAUCUCCAAAUUUAUCUCAGACAAAUAAUACACCUUCUAUGUUAUUAGAAGGUAAUUCUAAUUCAUCUUGGGCAGAAAUGGAAUCUUAUGUUAUUGGUAAUAUUCAAAUGCAUCCACCAACUUUAGCUACACGUCAAAUGCUUAUUUUAAGAUAUCUUACACCAAUGGGAGAAUAUCAAGAAUUCUUAGGUCAUGUUUUUGAACAGAAUGCACUUGAUUUAAUAUUGAAAUAUAUAAAUGUUCGUGAAACAAAAGAUAGCCGACUUGCUUUUGAAGCAUUGAAAUAUUUGGCAUCAUUAUUAUGUCAUAAAAAAUUUUCAAUUGAAUUUUUAAAUGUUGGAGGAUUGCAAAAAUUAUUAGAUGUUCCAAGACCAAGUGUUGCUGCAACAGGCGUAUCAAUAUGUCUUUAUUAUUUAGCAUACUGUGAAGAUGCAAUGGAAAGAGUCUGUUUACUGCCAAAACACAUAAUUUCUGACCUAGUCACAUAUGCUCUUUGGCUGUUAGAAAGAAGUCAUGAUUCAGGACGCUGUCAUGCAACAAUGUUCUUUGGUUUCUCUUUUCCAUUUAAAGUUAUACUCGAAGAAUUUGAUGCACAAGAUGGUCUGAGAAAAUUAUUUAAUGUGAUAUCAACUUUACCUAUUUUGAAUAUUGAAGAAGAACCAGCUUUAAAUGAUGAUGAAGAAUGUGCAUCACGGCAAAUUGUAAGGCAUGUAGCUGUUGCAUUAAAGCGAUAUAUGGAAGCACAUUUACAUUUAAAGGCUGAACAAUUGCAAAGAGUGGAAAAUGUAAGAGCAGAACGAGAUACUUGGCAGCCCUCUCUACCUCCCUAUAAGGCUUGUAAACUGACUAGUGAAGAAGUGCAAGCAAAAGUAGAAAUCUUGCAGGAAUUAAUGUCAAUAAGAGCUGUAUGGCCACCAGUAGAAGAACUCCAUCGUUUAGGAGGCAUUACACUUUUAUUACAAAUCAUUGCAUUUGCUCGAGAAUGGAACUACAGUGGGCGAGUUCAUUCAACAUCAAGCGCAGAAACAGUUCGUUCUUGUUUGGAUGUGAUUGCAAUUUGUUCAGUAGUUCCUAAAGUAAUGCUAUUACUUUGUGAAAGAGUUGAUAUGCCAGAUAUGUCAAUGACUAUGGCAAUCAAUCUUCUUCUAGCUGCUGCAGAAUGUGAAAUAAUUGCAGAUGCAGAUGUACAAAGAGCAGCACUUAGAGCUGUUGUUAAUUGUGUCUGUGCACCUAUAAAUAGGGUUGGUGGAAAUGUAGCUAGGUAUUCUGUAACUGGUUCAGCCAAAAAAAAGACUAAUAUUCAUAAUAGUGAAGAACUUAUACAAAAAAUUUGGGAAAGUGUAAGAUCUAAUAAUGGUAUAAUGGUUUUACUUCAAUUAAUGAUGGUAAAAACACCAAUCACGGAUGCUGAUAGUAUACGAGCAUUGGCUUGUCGAGCACUUGCUGGUCUAGCAAGAAGUGAAAAAGUUAGACAAAUUAUUAGUAAAUUACCAAUGUUUACAGAUGGUCAAAUACAAGCACUUAUGAAGGAUCCAAUUUUACAAGAAAAGAGGCAAGAACAUGUCAUGUUUCAAAAAUAUGCACUUGAAUUGAUGGAAAGAGUAUCAGGUAAAGCAAAGCCUACAGGUGCUGAAUAUGAAAUCUCUUUAGUCAGCUUACAUAGAGCAAAUGUUGUUGCCCAAACAAGAAUUCAAUACAAUGAACAACAGCUCAAUCAAUUAAUAUAUCAACAUCUUGUGUCAAAAGGUUUAAGUGAUACUGCUUCAACAUUAUACAGAGAAGCCAAUCUAGAUUCACCAGCUGUUAUGAAACCAUUAACAAAUUAUCAACCAUUUACUUAUAGGAGUCCUGCAAAUGUAGGAAUGAGAAAUGGAUUUUCUCCUGGUGCUCCUGUUAAUUUGUAUAAUACAAGCAGAUGUAAUCAAAGAGAAACUAAUUGUAGAAAUACUACUCCUUCGUCUUCUACUCGUUUUAUUUCUCAUUCUGCUUCCUGUACCAGUUCAUCAUCUAGUAAUAGUGGAAUUCGAGUAAAACUAGCUGAUACUCUUAAUCAAAAUGCCACUAAUAAUAUUAAUCAACCAAUUAAGUUACAGAUUAAUCAGAAGAAAUCAGUACAAAAUGACAGGCCACCAUUUCUACCAGUAAACAGUCAAUCCUCAUUACAAUUACAAUCAAGUAGUUGUAGGUCAUUACAAAAACAAAUUUCUAGAGAUCCUGGGGGUGGAGGAAUUACUGGAGUUGCUACUUCCAAUCUAUCUACAAUUACUCUUGAUUCAAUUAUAACAGAAUACUUAACUAAUCAACAUGCUCUCUGUAAAAAUCCUAUGGUUACGUGUCCUCAAUUUAAUCUUUUUGAGCCUCAUAAGUGCCCAGAUCCAUGUACAAAGAAUUCCACACCUACAAAUGUAACUGUAAGACUAACAAGAAGAGCACUAGGAAUGGACGGUAGACGAUUAGAUAGAAGGUAUAUAUAUAGUCGUUUCUGUCCUGUGAAAACCUUUCGUCCAACUGAUAUUGAUGGGACGUUUACUUGUUGUAUUUUUACGCCUUGUCAACAAUACCUCAUGUUAGGCACAUAUAAUGGAGAUGUGAAAAUGUUCAAUGCUCAUACAGGAGUAGAGGAAGCGACAUAUCAGUGCUAUGAAUCAUAUGUAUAUCAUAUGGAAUGCAAUCAACGAGGUAAUCUAUUGUUAACAUCAACUGCUUGGAGAAGUCCUAUGUCAGCUCUUUGGAGUAUUGGAGCAUUCUUUGACAUGAAGUUAUCUUUAGAAAAUGAAGAUUAUGUGGAAUUUGGAAAGAUGCAAGAUAGAAUAAUUGGUACACAAGGAGAAAGUGCUACUAUAUACGAUAUAGCAACUGGUAAACUUCUAAUGACAUUAACACCUUCUAUUUCCAAUCAAUAUACAAAAAAUCGGGCAACAUUUAGUAUGAACGAUGAAUUGGUCUUAAGUGAUGGAAUAUUAUGGGAUGUCAAUUCUGGUAAAGAAAUACAUAAAUUUGAUAAACUUAAUCAAACUUUAAAUGGAGUAUUUCAUCCCAAUGGUACAGAAGUAGUAUCAAAUACAGAAGUAUGGGAUUUACGUACAUUUCAUCUUCUUAAAACUGUCCCUACACUUGAUCAAAUGGAAGUUAUCUUUUCACCUGUUAAUAAUAUCAUAUAUGCAGUAUCAUUAGAUCAAGAAAGUGAAGACGAAUCACAUUAUGUAACAUCGUUCAAAACAUUAGAUGCGUUAGAUUAUAGCAACAUUGCAACAUGUGAUGUAAAAAGAGGAGUUUACGAUUUAGCAUGCAAUAAAUUUGAUACACAAAUUGCUAUAGUUGAAAAUUUGGGAGAAUUUGAUAGUAUACAAGAAUCCUGUGUCAGAUUAUAUGAUGUUGGAAGGCGAAGGGACGAUGAAGAUGAAGCUGAAGAAGAUGAUGAUGAUGAUGAUCUUGAUGCUAGUGAUGAUGAUGGAUCAAAUUCUGCAUCUGAUGAUAACAAUGCAGAUGAUGGUGAUAAUGCUGAUGCAGCAGCUGAAGAAAAUGGAGAAGAUAAUGAACAAAAUGACAGAGAAGAUAAUGAAGAUGAUGAGGAUGAAGAUGAAGAUGGUGCAAAUGGUGAUGAUUCAGCAGAUGAUAGUCCAGAUUAUGAGCCCAGUCUUGAUAUCAAUGAUCUCUCGGAUGAUAUUUCAUUAUCGGACAUGGAUGAUUUUGAAAUUUUAUUUUCAUGAACAUUAUUACCAAGGAUCUGUUCAUUCCGGAUCAAAAGAUUUUUUGAUGCAUUCUUACAUGAAAUGAAAGUAAAAAUAUACUAUGAUUGCUCUAUAACUCUAUAUCAUUGAGUUAUAAUUGAUGUAGUCAUACUUAAUUGAAGUAUGAUAUAUAGAUCUCUUAAGAAUCUAUAUGAUGAAUGAGGAAAUGAACUGUAACUGUUAACACGAAUUUUUUAUUGUGCGAUAAUUACAGGGACUUGUGUUCAAGCUUAAAAGAAAUCAUUAUUUUCGUUCUAUCGCUUUUGGUUCGCCAGUAAGAAAAUCUGUUGACAGAAAAAAUAGAGAGAAACUUAAAACAGAGUAGCCAAGGAUAUGUGAAAUGAGUAAUUUUAUAAAAACGGCAUUUCCAUUUUAUUAACGCCAUUAUUGUAAGUCGUUAAUCAUUAAAAUGUUCAUACUGAAAGUUAAUAAGAUCCAUAUUACCACUGUAUAAAGUAUCAAAAAAAAAAAAUAUAUGUUAAAGUUAUGGAAUUUACAAGAAAUAUAAGUUUAACGAACUUUGGA